CUUGUAACGUUACAUUUACAAUGAAUAUAAUACAUGCAUAUAGUAUGUGACCUAUAUUAUUUGUGUCCGCAUGCGUGUGUGCGUGCGUGCGCGCACGAGCCUGCGUGUUGGUCAGCUCAUCUCAUACUGAUUUCUCAACAGAACACAAUGCGUCUUCUUGUCAGUGUGACCUUCCUUUCCUGCGUGGCUGCCCAAUCUGCCUGGGAUCAGCAGGCUGCGUUCAAUCAAGAUCAGCAGGCAGCAUGGGGUCAGAUUCAGCAGGCUGGGUUUGGACAGCCUCAACAAGCCGUGUUUGAUCAAGUUCAGCAAAAUCAACCCACUACCUGGAUGCAGGGGGGAGUAGCAUCGAGGAGCCAGGGAAAUGGAGGCUGGGGUCAUAGCGGUGGAGGUCAUGGAGGCAGAACUCAUAGUAUAGGCCAUAGUGGUGGAGGUCAUGGAGGCAGAAGUCAUGGAGGCAGAAGUCACGGCGGGCGUCACGGAGGUCAUAGCGGCGGAAGUCGUGGAAGACAUGGAGGAUGGAACAAAGGCACAAGCAAUAACUGGGGCCCAGCAUGGAAUGACCUUAAAAGCAUGAACGAUAUGGGCGUUACCGACCAUAUGGUUACGUGCACGGCCCUCAAUGGAGAUGUGGGGGGCCCGGGCAGUUCUUUUGCCAUCACAUUCACCGAGGAACAAUCCAACAACUGGUGGGGUUGGAGCUGGUCCAAAGACCAGACCACAGUAUCGGCUAAGUUCUCAGUGCAAACAAAUGAUAUGUUUGUUCCGAUCACAGUCAGUUUGGUGUUGACGGAACUCUCCGAUAUAGCGGACCCAACAAUGUGUAUGGCCAGCGAACUCGGUGAUAUCAUACCUAUCCGGGAGCAAACCUCGAAGUGGGGCUGGGGAAAACAGAUGUGGGGCGGCCCCUGGGGACAAAAAAGCGACCCAAUCUUUGAACUGGAAAGAAUAAUGCUGACGGCAUCCGCGAUGAGAAUGUUCAAUAUCGACAAACUACCAUUUAAAAAAAUCAAACACUUUGCUGGCCAUGGAUUAGCUGUGAGUAGUUACAUCAGGGUGAAAUCAUUCAAAGACUAA